UUCUAGACAGGAUGUAACAACCAUCAGUGCCCAGAAUUUGCAAUGGGCGGUUUAGCUUGAAUUAGAAGAAAAUUACAAAAAUUUCUCACUUUUACAGCGAAUUUUAAGCCUAUGGUGUAAUAGGGUUGAGAAAAUCUUGAAAUUGGUUCUGAAGUGUAUAAAACGUAGCAAUAAAUAUACGGAUCAGUUUAUUGCUUACAACGAUUUGACGUAUGAAAAGUCACGUGUGAUGCACAUUAUUAUGACAUAAGGUUAUGAAUUAUUCAGAAUAGGAGUAACAACUAAACAUAAAAUGACAUGAACACAUUAUUUCAUCAAUUGUUGUAAAGUUGUGGUCAGAAUGGAAAGAUUCAAAAUAGUUGAAGGACUUUCAAAAUGUAAGCCACUUUGCGAUGCUCUGAAAACGAAUCCAACAAUUGCUAAUGCAAAAGAGCUGCAAAAACAAGUUCUACAGAUAUCACCGGCUGUAAUCCAGGAUCUCCAAAGCUAUCUCCUAGUUCCUCUUGUCAUUCAUCUCCAUAACACUGAUUUGAGUAAGGAAAUAAAACUGCAUUUAGUCAACUGUUUGCAUGCAGUGAUUUCAAAAACUAGAAUUACAAAGGCAGAUGUAUUCUCAAAGUUAUUCUCUACACUGGUUCAUCAGAUCUUUGAUAAUAAUCAAAAAUUGAUGGUUAUUCAAUCUCAUGAAGAAUUGAAGGAGAAUGUACUAUCAACUUUAACAAGUCUAAUCUGUCAUGGUUGUACAGAUGUCAUUGAAGAAUUUUAUGUUCGUGAUAAUAUUGGAAAAUUGGGACAGGCUAUUUAUUUAUGCAUUUCAAUUGCAAAAACAGAAAGGUCUCAAUCUCUUAGAUUGACUGCAAUUAAAACAAUAAUUACCUUAUCCCUAGUACAUGAUGACGAUAGUGGCACAAUUGACUCAGGGCUUCAGGCUCAAGCCGCUGAUAUAAUAAUGCUGAUUUCUCCUGGGAUCAUCACUGGACUCCAAGAAACAGCUCAAGGCACUGAAAUUCAAAGUCACAGAAUUCCAAUGAUGGCUCUCCGUGCUUUAAAUAGAAUAUUAACUCUCAUAAUGGCAGACUUACCUGAGCCAGACAUAGUGACUCAUUUAAUUUCGCUCUCUGGACGAGACACUCGACCAUCUGAUCCUUUAGGAAUGACGUCCAGAUCUAAAGAUGAGAUGAUGAAGUUUAUGGAAACUACUAAAAGAACUCAGGAAUGGCUAGAUGCAGCUUCAAUAAAAUUUAAUGUUUGCAUACAAGCAUUGGUUGGAUUAGUUAAACAUUCAAACUUUAAAGUGAGAAAAGAAUUAGCCGAAUUCUCUUACUCAUUACUAGUGAAAUGUCCCAGAAAUAUGAAGACAAGUCAUAAAGAUUUAGCAGAAAUCUUGAUUACUCUUUCGGAAGAUGAUAAUGAUGAGGUAUGUCUGGCAGCAACAAAAGCGCUGAAUGAAAUUAGCAGAAAAUAUGCUGAAGGUAAUAACGCCAUUAGGCCCGUCUUAGAGGAACUAGAAGAAUCUUUUUACACCUUACUCACUAAACUGCCUAGAAUCAUGAGGACAGGUGACCAUUUUGAACAAAUAUCUUGCCUAAAUCACUUGGGGGGAUAUAUCAAAAUUUUGGGAAAAGAACGUCUGCCCCAAAUCAUGUUUUCAGUAGCACAUCUGCAAAGAUUACUUUUGGCAUUAGUCUAUACUACUGAAUUGGAUUGCGGUGAUAUUUCACUUUUGGAAGAUGUCGCUAUUAAAGAUUUCGAUAACAUAAUUCAUCACCAUGGCUUUGAUUCUUGGAAACAUUUCAAGUUUCUCCGUGAUUCAGCCAUUGAAAUAAAAAUAAAAAACAUCUGUCGACUUAUUGGGGAGAAUGGAGAUUUGAAAAUUUUAGUCGAUACAAUUCUUGAUAUGAUGUUGAAUAUGUCGCAGUAUAGAAAGGAGUUAACACUGUUGUUGAACUGGAUCAUAGGAGUUCCAGUUACACAUUCAUCAGAUUUUUCUGAAUACCAAUCAGUCGUAGAAUACUACAUGAUGCAGAGCACUUGGAAUUUACCUUUAACCGUCUCUGUAGACACAAGUCUUCGUCAGGCACAAAGUAAUGUGGUACAAUGUUGUCUUCUACUGGAAGGUUUAGAAAUUAUUGCUCAAGCACUUGGAAAACAAUACCAGAGAUUUCUCCUGAAGACACUUUACCUUGUUAUUGAAAGAGCUGGAAAUCGACAAACCUUGGUCAGUAUUGCCGGUUUUCGCACACUCACUUCUUUUGCUAAAGCCAUGCAAUGUGUGUCAACGGGAAAUCUCCUACAAGCAAAUGUUGACUAUUUAUCGUAUCAUAUCACGUUGAAAUUGCGUAGAGUUGAACGGAAUCUGGGGGUAUUAGAUGUAGUCAGUGUAGUCAUGAAACAGUGCACAAUGGACAUACUUCCCGCUUUGGAAGAAAUUGUCCAAGAUGUACUGUCACAGAGCAACAUGAACUUUCAGGAACAAAAUUGUUAUUCAUUCUUGAAAGUGUUUCAUACAUUCAUUACUUGCAUCAGACGAGUCUUGAAUAGCAAAAUAGAUGUGCGUCCAAAGACAGAAAUUGUCCAGGAUUUGGCAAAAUCAGAAGCAGUUAUUAAAAUAUUGGAAGAAUAUUGCAAAGCAAAGGAAAUAUCCAAAAAGCUAGAUGAUGAACUUCUGAGUGAAUCAUGUGAGGAAUCGUCUGAUUUGAACAAAGAAGACGAAGACUUACAGGAUUAUAAUAAUUACGAAGAAGAGAAAAAACCACCGAUACCACUGUACGCAAAAAUGACGGAGUCAAUACUGAAUCGUUGCAUCCAUUUUCUUCCUUCUAAAGAUGUUGCAAUAAAGUUACUUGCAAUAGAAACGUUGCAAGAAGGGCUCAUUAUUUUAAGUAACUGGGAGGAUGAAUUGUUACCAAUUGUGCACUUGCUGUGGCAUCCCUUGGUUCAUAGAUUCAGAGAUCCCAGUCCAAUCAUCAUUAAUCGAGCUUGGGGACUUCUUUGUACGCUAGCAUAUGUUUCUAAAGACUUUAUAAGGUCACGAACACUGAAAGAAGUAUUGCCAUCGAUCUCGGAUUUUUUAAUAAAGUCGGCGAAAGAAAGUUACAGAAAGGACUCUGGCCAUGUGUAUAAGUAUACCCAAGUAUUCAAGCUACAGAAGAAUUUACUUUCUCAGCUAGGAGAGGCUGUUGAUAAUUUGAAAUUUCGUGAACGAGAAGUGUGGGAUGUACUGGAAGCAGCAAGACCUUAUCUCAGCAAAUACCAACACCAUGACUUACAGAUACAUUGUGUUGAACUAUACAAGAAGAUCGCCGAUUACAAUGACGAUAUUGUUUGGGUAAAAUGUCUAAGUAUUUCUAGGACUCCAGAGAAUAUUACCAAAAUGUUACCAAGUUAUUCUGCUGAUGUCGAAAAGGUGGCAAAUUUCAAUAUACAAAACGAAUAUCAGGUGAACAUAGAAACGAUUUUAACUUACAUCCAAGAUAAAAUGUUAAAUAUGUAAAUAUAAUAUUGAUGUCAUUAUAUACAAAAUUAUGUUCAAUGUAUCUAUGCAACUAUGUACGCUAUUUUUACUGUUAGAUAAUUCAUUUAAUAAAUUGUUUACUUACA